GCCAGGCACUGACGUGUCCCUCAACCAUUGUACCGUAGCUAAUUGCCAGAAAAGAUAAAUUCACGUCAAUAAUGACUUCGCGUUGGAUGCGACAUCAGCCGUUUACCAUUUACGACGACUUAAUUUCCAGCACGCCCUUUACGAACGAUCACGACAACAGGAUGAGCACUUCCCCUUCGCCGUACGACGCGGACAACGGGCUAUCCAGUGACGAGGGGGAUUCCAUACUGCCCAGCAUAGAACCGCAAUCAGGCACGCGAAAAUCUUCAGCUGCCUUCACAAGCAUUUCUUCGAUACCUCCAAGCUUACCAUAUAAGUCCGACAUCUCUCCAUACGCGCCUCAUAAAGGCACAAGACCGGUUUUCAGGUCUCCCUCGAGUGUAAGGGCGAUGCAAAUGUCUAGCCCCCAACCUUUUCAAGUCUCGCAGCAUGGAAAGAUGACCAGUCCUCUCGUGGGAAGAAGACAACAUCGAGGUACCCCAUCUAGUGUCCGAAGCGGCAGCGUUUUGCAUAACACGCAUGUCUCACAAGAUUACGAUGAGCAUUCAAUCAGUCUGCAAGGUCGCAAUAGUGGUCGAGCGACACCACUAACGCAACAUCAGCCUAGCCCAGCACGUGGACCACUCGUGCUCUUACACGUGACAGUGCUGCCAUCUCGAGGACUUCCCUAUUCAAUCGAAAGCUUACAAGAGGUUGCUCCUAGCUUUGUUCUACAGAAUUGGUACAUGUUACAGGAACAGCUUACAGAAACUGUACUCAGCAGAGGCUUGCUCAUACCUCACCCUGGCGAAGACUUCGACCUGUUAGAGGAAAGCCUUUUGGAGACCUUGGGCCUAUGCGCAUCGCGAUUUGGCUCCUGUGGUCAUUUCUUUGGUGUAAAUGUAGAAUCGGACUCAGACAGUGGGAAUGACAGUGGUGUAUCAGGCGUUGGGAGUGAGCGAAAACAGGUCGUGGCAAUUAAUGACAGACCGCUUCGCUGUUUGGCACAUUCCGACAUCGAGGACAGUUGCCAAGAUUGUCAACGACCCAUUCGCAUACCUGGAAAAGGUGUCGGCGCAGGAAACGCACGCUGGGAGGUUAAGGUAUAUGCGAGUAACGGGCUAAUGAGGGCCGGCGCAUGGUGCGCUGCGUACAAGGAGAUGGAACGUGUCGACGUUGAGAUCGAACCGUGGAUCCCGGAGGAUGUGAGAAGGAUGCUGGACUUGAAAAUGAUGCAUGCACAGGAACAGCAGCGCAAGGCGGACGAAGAAUUGGAGAAGCUAAAGCUUAACCUAAAGGAUAUGGAGAGACUACGCGCAGAAGCAGUAGAUGAGCUGCGAAGAGCCAAGCAACGUGCCAAAGACCUGGAGCAAGAGCUAGAAGCCAUCAAGUUAUCAGAAUCCCCGUCAACACCAGCCGCUAUCGCACUACCUUCGCCAGUUGAAGAGGUGUUGAUAGCCCCCAGAAAAAGAAGUACUCGGGACACGGAGACCAGACCGGCCCCUCUCCAUCCAACGACACACACCGAGACGCAGGAGAUACCACUGUCCACGCUUUUACGCAACUACGUCAUCUUGCUAAUUCAAGAUCGGCGCAACAUAGCUUUGGGCGUACUUUCAGUACUCGUCAUAUUUCUUUCGCUCCGGUUAGGAUCCGCAACCUCUGAUCAGGCAGCAGUAGUUUCACCCGUGAAUACGACGUAUGCUCCUCUGGGAAGAACUAUCCUUGCGGGCGCAGGACCGUGGCCGUCAGCCGGAAAGCGUCUCGAAGGAGAUAAAGCGUCGUUGACGUGGACCACGCUGGGAUUGUCAACUGUAGAGGUCAGAAGCAGUCCCUCAUUGGCACUGACUGAUAUCGAGGUGUCAAUCCCAGCUGAAACGUUGGUCAAAGCCUCGGUGGUUGCGUCCGUAGAGCCACAACUCGCAUGCCUCGAGGAAGGCGCAGCAGGUCUUUCGCAUUCCUCGGAGCUGCAAGAGACUGGAAGCAGUUUACAUCUGCCCCGCGAAACGUCUCGUCCAGCAGUCGAGCCGUGAUCAUGAAACGAAAACAGGCCAAUUGGCCAAUCGUGUUGUUACUUUUGACUAGAUGUUCAACUGACUCGGAAUUGGAAAUCGGGGUUGCAUAGCCUCAAAGAAGGAUCGCCAGCGCCAACAGCCAAAUCAAGACUUACUUUGUACGGGAACUUCUCGCAGCCUUGGCUCCAGCAUUGGUGCAGGAUGGACUUGAUGUGGGUACCUUAUAGGGCUGAGAGCAGCCCAGCAACCGCCCAGCCUCACGCCAGCCAGGGAGUCCCUGCCGACAUCCCUUGCGAACCCUCCUUUCACGGCUUGCCCCUACCCUCCUUUAAAAAAACAAAAAAAAACAAUAUGUUACACUAG